AUGGGCUGCUGUGUGGACAUGGGCUGCUGUGUGGACAUGGGCUGGGACAUGGGCUGCUGUGUGGACAUGGGCUGCUGUGUGGACAUGGGCUGCUGUGUGGACAUGGGCUGCUGUGUGGACAUGGGCUGCUGUGUGGACAUGGGCUGCUGUGUGGACAUGGGCUGUGUGGACAUGGGCUGCUGUGUGGACAUGGGCUGCUGUGUGGACAUGGGCUGCUGUGUGGACAUGGGCUGCUGUGUGGACAUGGGCUGCUGUGUGGACAUGGGCUGCUGUGUGGACAUGGGCUGCUGUGUGGACAUGGGCUGCUGUGUGGACAUGGGCUGCUGUGUGGACAUGGGCUGCUGUGUGGACAUGGGCUGCUGUGUGGACAUGGGCUGCUGUGUGGACAUGGGCUGCUGUGUGGACAUGGGCUGCUGUAACCACAAUGCACUUUGGACACAGACACAACCCUGA